CAGUGACCAGAAAAGAUUCUAAAUACGUAACACCCCCUAAUUUAUUUCAACCCUAGAUCAAGCAGAAAUAAAUCAACAUCUAGUGGAAGUGUGAAAAUCUACCCUCACUGAUUAACCAUCUUUAAGGUUUCAAGGCUGAAAGCAAAACAAAUCUCUGCACGCUUUUCAAUGCCUCAAAAGUUGAUCUCAUCAAAACGUGUUCUUGGAGACACGUCAUGGACAAAAGGAAUUUCCAUACCGAAGUUGUUCACACGAGCCUUCAACAAGGUUGAUAGCACCGUUAAGCAUAAACAAAACUUUGAUAGAUUUCUGAUUAGGCAGAAACCCCUUUCCAACGUUAAUACGAGUGCUCAAAAACAUGAUCACUAUUACUCACUUGCGGAAGAUUUUCUCGAGAUUACACCUCGGAAGACAAUUGGAGAAUUGAAGGAAUGUAAAGAGGAUGGUGAUUAUGCUGUGUAUGGUACAAUUAUGGGAGUGAUUGGUGGACCUGAUUGGUUUGUUGCUCAAUGUAGAUGUGGCACUGAAGUUGUUCUGAAGUUUGGGUCAUACUAUUGUGAAAAGUGUUCAAAGCAUGUUGAGAAUAUUAUUCCAAGGUAUAGAAUUAAGGUGAAAGUUAUUGAUUCCUCAGGGAGUGCAACCUUUGUCAUAUUUGAAAAGCUUGGAUGCCUUUUGCUCCAUAAGUCCUGCACUGAGAUUUUGAAAUCUACUGAAAAUGGUGAUUUUGACUUAACACAACUCUCAGAAUUUCAACAUAUGUUAUGUGAUAGAUCAUUCGUUUUUAAGGUUGAGGUUAAGAAAAUUUGUUUCACUUCGAAAGAACCGGCAUACGAUGUUGUUGACAUUUGUUUUAAUGAUUCCAUUAUCACUAAGUUCAAAGAGAAGGAUCCUGGAUUUUUUGAUACUAAGACUGGAUUGACAGCCAGCAUAUCCCAGAGCUUAUGAAAAGUCAAAAUUUAGAUCUCCAAAAUGUUUAACGCUUCUCUUGUGUUAAGCUGCGGUCUUUCUAUUUUAGACAUGUUUGGAUUAGUAUCAAAUUAAUUCUAUACAUAGAGUUUUAUGAAUAAUCUUUGUUUCUUUCACUUUUUGCUAUAUAAGCCUUGAUGAGUCAAUAUAAUGAUGUGGAUGGAUCACAACACUGUCAAUCACUCAACUUCGGGUACAAUGAAAUUGAGGCUACAACAUAAGGAGAAAUGUCAACCAAGAAGAUGAAAUGUGUUAAGAUUUGAAGGGGUGAAAUUCUUAUUUGGGUUUAGGAUAAUGUGGUCUCUUUCUAUUUGAAAAUAAUUAUGCAUUAUUCUUAGUUAUGUUUUGGUGUUGGUGACAGACACAGUAAAGACAAUUUUUCUUUA